AUAAUGACUCACACAACUCUCUCCUAAUAACUAGUGGCACCAAAUCAGACAAAGGCAAUUUCACGUAAAAUUCCCAUCCUUCUGUGUUUGACAUUGAUACUUUUCAGUCACAUACACGCACAAAACAUCAUCUACAUUUUUCAAACCAACAACCUCAACACUCUGAAUCCUCACCAUGAAAUUGUCUCAUGCAUUGGCUAGGAUACCUUUCUCUACAACAUCCCCAGCGUUAGUUCAAUGUCAAAAUUCUAUCUUUAGUUCAUAUGGCAGAAGGGUCUCUUUGUUGGGGUAUAAAGGCCUCAGGUUUCAAGAAUUUGUGUGCAGCAGCAGUUCUGGAGCUUCUGUUUCUUCUUCAUCUGCUGUGAAUCCUUCGUCGCCGCCACUCGUUGGUUCUAAUUCUGGUUUUGAUUCUGGUGUGUCUCAGGAGAUGCCAGGGAAGCUGGGAGGAUUAGAGGAGGGCAUUGAGAAGAUGAUUUAUAGAUGCCGGUUUCUGGCUAUUCUUGGAGUUUUUGGGUCUCUAAUUGGAUCAUUUCUAUGCUUCAUCAAGGGCUCCACAUUUGUUGCAGGAUCUUUCUUAGAAUACUCGGUUAAUCGCACUAAAGUAAUGCAAAUGCUCAUAGAUGCUCUUGAUGUCUAUCUUUUAGGAACUGUGAUGCUGGUGUUUGGAAUGGGUCUCUACGAGCUCUUCGUCAGUAACCUUGGCAGUACAAGCUCUCUACCAGAUCAAACUCCUUCUUACAGAUCAAAUCUAUUUGGCUUAUUCCCUUUGAAGGAAAGACCAAAAUGGUUGGAUAUAAAAACAGUGAAUGAACUGAAAACAAAGGUCGGUCAUGUGAUAGUUAUGCUGCUUCUGAUUGGUUUGUUUGACCGAAGCAAGAAGGCUACUAUACAAACUCCUGUUGAUUUGCUAUGCUUCUGUGCUUCUGUCUUUCUUUCUUCUAGUUGUCUCUUUCUGCUGUCAAAGCUGAAUGUUUAAAUGUUAUUGCAUAAUAUAUAUACACACAUGAAGAAGUAGGUGACAUAUGAUAUUUACUCUUCUGUAUAUAUAUUAGGAUGAAAUAUGAUGCAUAGCCAGUGUUCCAGUAUCAUAUUUUGUAGUUCUUAAGCAAAUUUGUCAUUUUCAUUUCUACUA